AGGUUCCUGGUUAACGGCAGAGUGAGGACUGUGUCCAGUCCUGUCGUGGAGGAAGAAGCCCCACCCACCAUGUCUACACAACUGAAAACAACAGCACAUACACACACACACCGUCGCACACAGAAAAAGAAGAAGAAAGUCCGUAAAGUUCCAAACGAGGAAACGAGAGAACACUGCUCGAAUAUGGCCCCGCCCCCAGAUCCCAGUCUCUCCUCCGUGUCGCUCAGUCAGCGACUUCCUUUCCCCGCUUUUCCUCUGAGGGCCUCCCUGCCCCCCCUGGCCCUCAACUCGGGCCCUGUCCAGGCUGCCGCCCCCCCUGCUGAGUACCACUCGGACUCUGCAGAGUCCCUGGAGGAGAUCCCGGUGGCGUUGGCCAAACUGGGCUCUUCAUCCUCUGCUGCUGCCGGAGACGCCUCCUCAUCUUCACACAGAGCCUUCCCAGGGUUCCCCCUGCCCUCGCCCUUGCCCAGGACUAAGAGGAAGUCCUCCUCCUCCCGUGCAAAUAAGAGCGCAGCGGAGCUGAGGUUUGAGAUGGCCUCCACCCAGCUGCCCACUGUGUUUGUCAGCCGCGCUAGUGGAGAGGCCACUGAGCCCCGAGAGGACGGCUUCAGUCUGAGCAGGAGGCAGACUGGGCCCAGAUCCGGGUCCAGACCUGGAUCCAGAUCUGGGUCCAGACCUGGAUCCAGACCGGCGUCCCGGGCGUCAAUGGGCUCAGGUGCAGCUUCCUGGAUGGAGCGAUAACCUGAGCCAACAAUCACUUCUGUUUAUCUCUACAAUCAUGUGCACUGCAGCCACGCACAAGUCUUUAUGUGACUGACUUUAUUUUGAAGGGUCUUUGUAUCUCUCUCUAUUUAUUGUUUUGAUAUUUUUUUAUUCUGAAGCCAAAGGCCAGUUCCUGUCUGUGCACAAUCUUUAUACUGCUGCUUGUUUCUCGAGCUGUUGAGAAGCUGCUCACUGUGUUUGUGUUCGUAAACUCCUGAGACGCCGUCACUUGUUUUUACUGUCUCCAGGUGAACCGGCCCCUGGUCUCCAUGGUAACCCAGGACCAGAGGGAUGGAGGUGUUUCUAGAGAAAUGAAAUCACUUCCUGUUCUCACAAGUCUCUUUUUAGAUGCAGCAAGAAAAUUAACACAAAAAAAAUCAAUGCCUGCUAAAC